GGGUUUAACAAAGUUGGAGAAGCGGAGGUCACCCUGCGGAACAGUGGGAAGGUGGGAUUCACCUAUGCAGUGUUGAGCCCCAGCGUGGCCACUGCAGGCUGCCCGCGGCCCCGCGAGCCCCUGGUCCUGCCCAGCACGGGUUAUGUUGGAGCUGGCAAGGAGCAAGCGCUGAAAGUCUACUACCUGCCAGGAGUACCUGGUGGCUUCUGCAGGACUUUCCAGGUCCAAGUGGGUCACCUGGAGCCAGAAGAGAUCUCCUUAAAAGGAGAGGGUAGCUUUCCCAGGAUCUCCUUGGAGCUCCCCAGGAAUAUCAAAGGAAAUGAAAAAUAUGAGAAGGUCCUCAAGGGGGCAAAAGAGAAGAUGGAACAAGACAGCCAGAGAGAUGAAGCUGUUGUUCUGGGAGAAACUGUGGCUGCAGAGACGGCUCGAGCACCAUGCCCAGAGCAAGGCUCCCAGUGUCCUGCUGGCACUUGGGCCCUCCCUGCCCACAGAGGGCCGUGA